AUGUAUUUUGGAUGGAUUCAGAUUGGUGACACCCUUUCCCAUCAUUUGCCUGAGCGUGUGAUGAGGCAGUUUGGGUUAUACCAGGAGAUUCAACGACCAUCCACUGCCGUUGCAGAUGUAGAUGUAGUCGCUGUUGAUUAUGCGUGGUUGCACUUCAUGAAUCACGUUAUUAUGAAUGUGAGACAAGCAUCAUACCCUUCUGAAUGUGUCGAUGGAUACAUACAGUGGUUUAGGAGGGUUUCACAUCCCUAUGUUAUUCCUGCUCCACCUAACACGAGACCGGCUCUUGGGCCUAUACAGCGCCCCGAUGUUGCACAGGAGGCACGACCCCAUCGCUAG